AUGCCGUCCCCUGUUGACGGAUUACCCCUUCGGUCCUGCACGGGACUGACUUCCGCCCCCAUCCCUGGACCGUCCGACCGUCCCCCUUCCUCAGCUUGGCUGGCGGCUAUCCUCCCCUCUGCCGUCCUCGCCAGCAACCUCCCCAUCAUGGCUAACAUGCACGACCAGGCCUCUACCAACUACAAGGAAGCGUUCUCGCUUUUCGACCGCCGCGGCACUGGCCGUGUCGCCGGAGAUCUGCUGGGUGACUUGCUGCGUGCCUGCGGCCAGAAUCCCACGCUUGCGGAGAUUACCGACCUUGAGAAGUCGGUCGGCGGCGACUUUGAUUUUGACUCCUUCCUUAAGGUGCUCAACCGUCCAGGCGGUUUCCGUGACCCCGGCGAGCCCGAGGAGUACUGCCGCGGAUUCCAGGUGUUCGACAAGGACAUGACAGGUUUCAUCGGCGUGGGCCAGCUGCGCUACAUCCUCACCAACCUCGGCGAGAAGAUGACCGACGAGGAAGUGGACGAGCUCCUCAAGGCCGUCGACACCAGCUCGGGCGAGAUCAACUAUACCGACCUGGUCCGCACGAUCCUGGCCAACUGA